GAUAACUCAGCCUAUCUUUCUAAAGAAUUCAGAAACUACCAGUCUGUUUCUACGUUUCAGACUAAAUAGAACGCUAAUUGUCAAGGUAAAGACCCUGUUUUCGUCGAAUUCGACUGUUGGGUUUACCUGCCUUCUGAUAGAUUUAGCGUUUUAUCGAAAAUUUCAAGAUAAUCAAUCCAGAUAAGACUGACUGAUAGCUUGGAAUUUUUUCUGGUUCUCAGCACACUAGCAGGUCGCAGAUUGAACAGAAUCUUCACAAUUUUUUAAGUUGGAAGUUGUAUAAGGAUUAAAAGAGUAAAAUGCCUACUGCCUUUAUUGAACGUAAUUUAGACUUGAAUGAAAAUAAACAUGGGAAUAUGAUAAUUGAAAAUGAAAAAUCUUCUAUUAGAUCCUGCCCUCAGAGAAAUGACUCAGAGCAUGAUUCACACACAGAAUAUUUAUUAGAAGAUGAAAAAAUUGGUGGUAAUUGCUUGGGUUAUAAAUUAACAGGGUGCAACGCACCAGUAGCUGACUUGAAGAUAAAGACUAAAAUCGAAACAACACUGAUCGUCAUUCUAUUUGGCUUCAUAACCGCCCUAGUUCUUAGUAUCAUCAUUAUUUACCUUUACUCAACAUACAGCUUAAUGAUGGCUUUAGCAAAAACAUUCUACACAAUGUGGAAAGAUUCAUUAAAUUUAAAUUUACAAGUCGUUCUUGAUCAACUUGAUUUGCCGUUCAAAAUACCUGAAGUCCAUUGAUAUACGUAGAGAAAACUAAACAACAACAAAGACAAAGUCCAUUUAAUUUUUGUCAUCAAUGCAAAUGUAAAAUUUUUAUUUAUUUAUUAAAAAAAAAUCGGAAAACUGCAGUAUUUUUGCUAUGGAUAUAUUUUUUUCUUCAUUUUAUAAUAUUAAUACAAGAAUUUUAGCUGACGUUGGUUUUACGGUCUCUUUAAUAUGAUUAGUAUAACUACCUAAAUUUUGACGUCUAUAGGCAUCUCUUACCUUUAAACUAGUAUCUUCUGUAACAUCUGGUAACAUGCCCCAGUCUAGUUGAAUAUUGGCGGAAGUAUUACCCCUGUUUAGCAGCAAGGCCACACGCCUCUUGUCUGAUAAUGGACCGGUAUAGAUUUCUUGCAUUCCAUUCUCGGAACGCCAAACUAGUCUUGCCGCCUCCGAUCGGUCCUGAUUGAUUGCUAUCAAUUCAUCAUGGGUGAUGAGAUUUUUGACUUCUGACGUCAUAUAUCGAAUGUCAUUGCCGAGAAUUAAAGGAGCUUUAAAGACACACCAUAGCCCGAAAUGCCCUACGUAUUGAUCCAUCGUCAUACCACCGUUUCCGACUUCUAACAUAUCUAAAUCGUUCCAAAACCCUGGCCUAGAAUAACGCCACAAUUCAUCUCUGUUAUAAAUGUCAAUCAAACCCAAAACAGAUUCCCAGUUAUCUCUUAUAUCCUGCCCCACUCUUCUCAUAUUCGACACGGCACUUGCCAUUUCCGGUCCACAGGAAGCUUUAACACUAUGAACAAUUGGUCGACUUGUCGACGAAAUGGCCUCAAACAUUGCCUUAUAAGUUUCGCAAGUCGUUUCGUUCGAAAGAUUACAGUCGUCGUUUUUUAAGUAAUCGAUAUUCCAUUUAGCGUAAGUCUCCGCGUCCUUUCUUUCAUAUCCAAAGGAGCCUGGCCGACCUUGACACGUACGAUAACCAGUGUCGGUGUAUAAACCAAAUUUUAAAGCUUUUCCAUGAGCGUAUAAUGACAAGUAAUCAAGGGAUUGGCUUCUUCGCGAGCCGGGAAACUUAUGUGGAUCAGGUAUAAUGAUACCCUCAGCAGUACGAUUUAUUUGCCAACAAUCUGUAAUUGGAAAAUGAACUAGUUUCGAAGACACACGUGGAAUCUACUUAGCAAAACUAUUUCUAAAAUAGAAAAAGGGAAAGAACCAUCUAGAUUUACGUAAGAGUAUCCAGCCUCCCUUAAGCCUUUAUGAACGAAAGCUUCAAUCACUUCCUUUACUACCUGUUCAUUAAGUCCUUCGCAACUAAAGUAAUUCCAAGAAUUCCAGCCCAUUGGCGGAGUUGGAGCAACUUGUACUCCUUUAUAUAAAAAAAAUAAAUAGAUAAUUAAGAACAAUAAAUAGAGGAAGAAACGAAACGAUCGAAUUUUCAGUUUCGUUAAACAUUCCAACUCAUUAAAAAAUUACCAUACGCCAACUGCAAAAAAGAAAUCGAUAGGAAUAAGGCAAAAAACAGCAUUUGUUUCGAUCGUAGAAAUUGCCGAGAGGAUAAAAGGCAAAUUAUUUCGAAUUGAAUUAAAUAGAGUAGUCAACACCUGACCGUUUUCACGGUAUAGAGAAUAAUUGCU